ACACUAAAGGGGUAGCUAUGGAGAUGGAGCGUUUUCCUGGCUGCUUUCUUUGACAGGUGUUGAGUGGGGCAAAAGUCUUAAAACAGAAUCCAGCAUGUACGCCAAAGGUAAAGGAGCUGUCGUCCCUUCAGAUAGCCAAGCGAGAGAAAAGUUAGCUUUAUAUGUGUACGAGUAUUUGCUGCAUGUCGGCGCACAGAAAUCAGCACAGACCUUCCUGUCAGAGAUCCGAUGGGAGAAGAACAUCACACUUGGGGAACCUCCAGGAUUUUUACACUCAUGGUGGUGUGUAUUCUGGGAUCUGUACUGCGCUGCCCCGGACCGGAGGGAGACAUGUGAACAUUCCAGCGAGGCCAAGGCUUUCCAUGACUAUAGUGCGGCUGCUGCUCCCAGUCCAGUGAUGGGCAACAUGCCACCCAAUGAUGGCAUGCCAGGAGGACCGAUGCCCCCGGGCUUCUUUCAAGGUCCUCCAGGAUCUCAGCCCUCCCCUCACACGCAGCCUCCCCCACACAACCCCAGCAAUCCCAUGAUGGGACCUCACGGACAGCCAUUCAUGUCUCCGCGGUACCCAGGCGGCCCAAGGCCCGCCCUCCGUAUGCCAAAUCAGCCUCCUGGGAGCAUCCCCGGGUCACAGCCUCUCCUACCAAACAGCCUGGACCCCACCAGACCUCAAGGACAUCCAAACAUGGGAGGUCCAAUGAGAAUGAAUCCCCCGCGAGGCAUGGGUGGCAUGGGCCCACAGAACUACGGCGGAGGAAUGAGGCCUCCUCCAAACUCCAUGGGGCCAGGGAUGCCCGGCAUGAACAUGGGUCCUGGAGGAAGAGGUCCGUGGCCGAACCCCAACUCCAACUCAAUAGCUUAUUCAUCUUCAUCUCCAGGCAACUAUGUGGGCCCUCCAGGGGGAGGCGGCCCCCCAGGAACUCCCAUCAUGCCAAGCCCCGGAGAUUCGACGAACUCAAGUGAAAACAUCUACACAAUGAUGAACCCUAUCGGCCCUGGUGGAAAUAGACCUAAUUUCCCAAUGGGACCCGGUCCUGACGGGCCCAUGGGUGGAAUGGGUGCUAUGGAGCAGCAUCAUAUGAACGGAUCACUAGGCUCUGGUGACAUGGAUGGGUUGCCAAAGAAUUCUCCCAACAACAUGGCAGGCAUGAACAAUCCUCCCGGCACUCCGCGGGACGACGGCGAGAUGGCAGGCAACUUUUUAAACCCAUUCCAAAGUGAAAGUUAUUCACCCAACAUGACGAUGAGUGUGUGAUUUUUUAUUUUAUUUUAUCUUUUAUUUUAUUUUAUUUCCUUUUCAUCUCCCCCUUAUCCCAAUCUCCCCCUCCCAUCCAUCCCGGUGCGUCUUGCAUUACCCUCCUCUCACCCCUUCCUACCUCCUCCUCCUCGUGGACGGUGUGUUGUGCCACACAGCCCCUGGGGAUGCACCUGGAAAGCAGGACUCCCCUCAAGGCCCCCCAUCCCAACGCCUGUAAAAUGGGUUUAAGAACAUGAAAAGACCUCCAAGCAACGGGAAGGGUCUCUUCGCAGCUUCUUCUUCGCCUGCCGGGGCCUCGACACGUGGCCCCUAGGACAGUAAGAGCCCGAAACUGCUCCAAGCCUGUCUCUCCCAAAACCGAAAAAAAACCUGCCCUCAUGGGUGGCAUUCAAACCCAAACAAGAUGCCCCGCUGCAUCCGCCACCACUCCAUCAUAUCACGCCGAUCAUAUCUUAUGAGGGCGCGCAGUUGUUGACUGAUAUGGGACGAAUACCCUCAUUCAAAAAACUCCUGUGUCAGGAAUGAUUUAAAAAAAUAAAAAAUAAAAAAAGAACUGAUAAUGUUAUUCUAGGGCAAGAAUUAAAUGUUUGUAUUUUUUGGUUGUUGAUGGUAAUAUUAUUGUUAUAAUUUUCAUAAUUGAUAUUAUUCUACUAAUGUAGUUAUGAUUUCCUGUAAAGGGCACAUUUUAUCUCAGCAGCAGCAUCAACAAUGACAGAAUAAGCACACACUCGGAAAAAUGCACAAUGAUUUUCUGUUUACAUGAUUUUAGGUUUCUUGUUUGUCUUGUUUCUUUUCUUUGUCGCGGUCUUUCUCACAUACCUCUCCUUAAAACUUCUUCUGGGCUCGUAAUGAGUCUUUGCCAUUUUAAUGUUUGUGGCCCAUUCGUAUACAUUUUCAAAGUAAGAGUUGUCGGGAUAAUUGGCUUUUUCAUCUAAUAGUUUACUAUCUCGGCUAAAACCAUCCAUGCAGUUAAAACAGAGGCUUUCUCAGAGCGCUGCUGUUUUCUGGUACAAAGCGUCUGCUGAUGCACCUUUAAGAUCGUAUGUCCAGCGACCUUGUCUUAAUAAGCAUCCCUUCUAUCAGUUUUUCUAUGUUUUAAUGCAUGGGAAUGGCUCUGAGGUGCCACUUCUCAUUCAAUAAUAAGCAGAGAAAGAGAGCAUCUCUUCCAUGGAUUUGGUCUUGUCUGUAAAUACAACAUAUUUAGCUUGUAUUGUGGUUGUUUUUAUUAUUUGUUAUUUACAAAUUGUCUGUUGUUCCUUCACCUUCCAUCACCUUGUUUUGACUUCAACCUCACUGUGGACUCCCAAGCGGCACUGUUUUCCUCCCAGGGUUCAUUCUGGUCUCUCGACCAAUGUCUCCUUUUUUUUUGGAAUGGGAGAUAUUGUGGGACCUCAGAUACACUCAUGAAGCCGGCUUUCUUGCUUGGAGUUUUGGGGGUGAACUCACAGGUCCUGUAUGAUCCACUCUCUCCACCCAGACAAGACGGGCUAAAUAACUGUCUCCUUGGAGCUCCCAAUCGACCAGUUCCCUCAGCGAGCCUCGUGGGUACUGGGAUAAUGGAUCCAGAGUACUGGGAGGCUGUAGCAGCGCUGACGAUGGGAGCAGAGUGAUGCACCUUGGGGUUAACCGACCACGCAGCCACAUCGGUCUAAAGACGAGGAACAAUAACGGGACUCUUUUGUAAUGGAUUUAUUUCCAUUUCUUUUCUGGAUUGUUUUCAGCAGAUCAUUUUUAUUUGAAAUGUAUUCAACUGAGAAAAUGAAAGCCCGUAGAAUCUGCACACAAAGAAAAGCAUAGUUACAUAUUACGCUAUUUAAUUAUUUUUUCUUUAUGUAUGUCAUGUGCUCUUGGCCUGAUCAACUCUCUGUCACUGUUUUCAAAGGGAUACAUUAUCUCUCACUGCAUCACACUGCGGCAAUAACGUCAUGGCUGCGUUCAAACCAACAAUAACUAAACAACCAUUGUAGCCUCUGUGGGUGAUGGUGACAUACUCUUUCAUUUUCUGAUAUCAAUGUGAACAGAUAUUACCCAGAGUUCAACAGGGACAGCUCCAGGAUUUGGCUAGCGGUGGCCUGGGAAACACUCUCCACGUGUAGUGACACACUCCUCCCUUCUUUCCUCCAGUCCCAUCCCUCACCCUCUCCUAAAGCGUCUCCCCUCCCUUCUCUUUAAUUUCCUUUUUUGUAUAUACUGUAUAAUGCAUUUUGAUAUCAUUGACAUGUUUUGAUAUGUCAGUCACUACCAAUGAAUACAGCUGAAAGUAAAUUAUAAAUAAAACUGUCCAUGUUUUUUUCAUAGAGAAAGGAUGCGCUGACUAUUUGGCUCGUGUGGCUAAAUUUCCAUAAAAAUGUAUAGAAUACAGUAACACAAUAAAUGCAGACUGUAUGCUAAAGACUUGUAUGGUGGGGAGGAAAGGACAGAGAGAGGACAGGAAAGAGAGAAGCAGACAAGCUGUGGCGUCCUCACUCUGCCCUCGUCUCCUUUUGUUUCAGUUAAAUGUUACUAUUGGCUUUGAAUAAUCAUUUGAAUCAUUUUUUCCAAAGGGCAUCUUCUCACACAAAAAAAACAUGUGACCUCUUAUUGCAGUUUUUAAUAUGAAGGAUUUUUAUCAAUUUAAGAAAGCUUUUAAAAAGGUAAAAAUACUUAAGAGAACCUCAUUUUAAAUUAAUACUAGAUCAAAAAGUAACUGUGUCCUUUGCUAUUCGCUCCUGUUAUAGCGUUGUAUAGAUCGAAGCUCUCUCACUGAUCCUCUCUCAGUCCUCUGUGUAUAUCGAUCGUUGGCCAUCUCUGUACUUCUAUUGUGAUGUAUAAUACUGUACCAUUAGGAAGAGUUGCUGGUUGGGCGGGGUGGUAAUGUCGAGUCGGGGAGGGGUGGGGAUUCAAGGGAAGAGGAUAUUAAUGAUUCUCCUGAACCAUUCAUGGUCCUUUCUGAUGACACGGCAGUAUUCGAUAUGAAGCAGUCUGUCUCUUGGGUUUGCUUUGUAUUUUCAUGGUAGGAUAGUUCAGAAUCUUGUCUUAGGGACUUAGGUGUCUUGUGUAGGUAAUAAAGAUGUUCUUUGUAUGUUUCUUUAUAUUGUAAAGUUUCUUUAGACUGAAAGAAAAACAGAUAAUUUGCUUAUCAAAA